AUGUCGUUUCCGGCGAACACAGAAAUCACUGCACGCAUCUCCCGCGAUCAGACUGCCGUGGCAUCUAAGAAAUUGCUUACGGACUCCGAGUUAGCAUUAAUGGCCAUGAAGAAAGCAAGGCAUACGAUCAAAUACUCGACCAUUUACGAUCGUGGGGCAUGGAUGACAGCUGCCGAGUUCGCGACCAAGAAAAUCAAGGCCCUCGAAGCGGAGGCCAAGUACCUCCGACAUCUGGCCAAUCUGAACGAGGACGAGGAUGCCGAUGAGCCUGAGGAAGUAAGGGAUGCUGCCCUCUUGAUUGAGAAGACAAAGGCGGCUACGCUCGAGAAGCAUCUUUACCAGAGGCAAGUCGACAGGAUCACACGCGGAGAAGCUGCUCCGAGAUCCCUUGCCUCCUUGACGGCGUGUUACCUCGGAAUCGGUAUCGAAAAGGAGGGCACGGGCAAAAUCACCCGAGUCGAGCGGUCCCAGUACAGAAGGACGCUACUCAAGGAAUACGACGCAUGA